AUGUAUUAUCAUGAAGUGGGUGGAAGCUGGGAUGAGGAAAUUGGGAGCCACUGCACUGAAUAUGUUCAGCUGGCCUUUAUGUCCGCCUGUCUGUCCAUUUUUGUGGGAGGCAUCCUCCUCAUCUUGAUGUUCAGAGUAAUUGAAUACUCAUUGAAGUCCUUGUUUAAAUUUGCUGGAUUUAAGACUCGAAGGAUGCCUAGGUUAAAUCUAUGGAAGAGAUACUUUCAGGUUUGGGUAGUCAGGAUGAUCUCUGCUCAGACUGUUGUGGGACGUAUACUGGUCAUACUGGUGUUCCUGUUUAGCAUUGGAUCACUCAUCAUUUACUUCAUCAACUGUCAAAGUGUUAAACAGUUCUGUCUCUCAUUUGAAGACCAGACAGUUUUUGUUGACCUCUUCUUCAAUUUAUUCUUCCUCUUUUACUUUGGAUUGCGGUUCUUUGCAGCAAGUGACAAGUUGACCUUCUGGGUUGAACUCAAUUCCAUUGUGGACUUCUUCACCAUUACUCCGGUCUGUAUCUCUUUCUAUUUAGGAAGAAACUGGCUUGGUUUACGUUUCUUGCGAGCACUCAGACUGAUGGAACUUCCCAAAAUUUUACAGUUUCUCCAGAUUACGACGACUGCCACUGCAGUCAAGCUGUCCAAACUCCUAGCUGUCUCUGUCAGCACUUGUCUCACAGCUGCAGGAUUUCUUCAUUGGAUCGAAAAUUCUGGUGAUCCCUGGGCAUAUACUAAAAAUUCCCAAAGCCUGACUUACUUUGAUUGCUUAUACAUGAUCAUGGUAACCAUGUCUACAGUUGGAUAUGGCGAUGUGGUGGUAAAAACCUCCUUAGGGCGUUCAUUCAUCAUUAUUUUCAUCAUUGCUGGCUUGAUGCUUUUUGCAAAUUUGGUGCCUGAAAUGGUAGACAUUGUUGGAAGCACUAAACUACACAAGGGUUCCUACGUGGCUGUGAAAGGCAGGAAAUAUAUUGUGGUCUGUGGUUAUAUCACUCUGCACAGCGUAACUACUUUCCUAAGGGACUUUUUAGCCCCAGGCUCUGGGCAGGUUGCCACUGAGAUUGUCUUUUUGGGAGAAAGUGAUCCAGGUCUGGAACUGGAAACUAUAUUCAGAUGUUAUGCUGCAUAUUCCACUUUCUUCCAAGGUUCUGUGAUGAAGACUGAAGAUCUGCAGAGAGUUCAGAUGGGGAAAGCUGAAGCAUGUCUCGUCUUGGCUGACACAUGUUCUGCCAACCCCUAUAUCGAGGAUACUACUAACAUCAUGAGGGUACUGUCCAUCAAGAAUCACUUCCCAAACACCAAAGUCAUAAUACAGAUCAUCCAGUCGUCUAACAAGGUCUACCUUCCAAAGAUCCCCAACUGGGACUGGAGGAGAGGGGAUAGUAUAAUCUGCUUUGCUGAGCUCAAACUUGCGUUAAUAGCACAGAGUUGUGUGGUGCCCGGCUUGACUACACUGUUGACCAGUCUGUUCAUUAGGGAAGACUCCAAGUUACAGAAACUGCUCACUUUGAAUAAGCACCUACAUGAAAUAGAAGGCCAGGAUUAUAAAGUGAUGACUCAGCUUCUAUCCAACGAUUUUAUUGACAUGUCCUUCAAAGACGUGGCCCAAUUGUGCUUUUUGAAGCUGGAUCUCAUGCUGCUUGCUAUCGAGUUUCGAUCUGGCAUGCAAGGAAAUAGCAUCCUGAUCAAUCCACCUUCCAUUAUUAAACUCCAUUUCGACACAAUGGGCUUUUUCAUCGCCAAAUCUGCAGCGCAACUCAGAAGGGCACGGUAUUACUGUAGACAAUGCCACAGUGACAUUCGGAAUCCAGAGCUAAUUGUAAAGUGUCGUUGCAAAAUGAAAGUCCCGAGAAAAGCCUCAAUCUCCCUUUCUGGUCUAACUGACAGUGAGGACAGUACCCAGAGUGCUGUAGUUUUACAGCACAAAAAUACACAAGAAGAUUUGAACAUUAAACUAAUCAAUGAAAAGCACAGCACCAGUUUAAAAGCAGCAGUGGAAAGAUGGGCUGAAACAGCACCAAAAGUAGACACUUUUGUCUACCUGGGCUCCACCAUAUCCAGCAAGCUUUUCAUCGACACUGAGCUGGACAAACACAUCGGCAAGACAGUUACAGCAAUGGCUGGCCUCUCCAAAAGGAAGCGACGCAAGGGGCAAUCCAAUGAUAUGCGUGAGCACAUUGUAGUCUGUGUUUUUGGAGAUGCUACCUCUGCGCUGAUUGGACUGCGGAACUUUGUGAUGCCUCUGCGAGCCAGUAACUUCACACUCAGUGAGCUGAAGGAUAUUGUCUUUCUUGGAUCACUUGACUAUCUCCACAGAGAAUGGGAAUUCAUCCAAAAUUUCCCCAAACUAUUCUUACUGAGGGGCAGUGCACUUUCCUGUUCUGAUCUCAAAGCAGCCAACAUCCAGUUUUGUAGCAUGUGUGCCAUUCUCUCGGCCCAUGCAAGAGGUCCUGGUGAUCAAAUCCUGGUGGAUACAAAAUCUAUCCUGGCUACUCUGAACAUCCGUUCCUUACAUUUUAAAGCAAAUUCAUCAUUAGCUGAGCUUCACACAGGAACAAUUGAUAGUACAUCAGCGCCCAUCCUUUCCAAACGGACUCCCAUCAUCACUGAGCUGAAGAUCGCCUCCAAUGCACAAUUCUUUGAACAGAGCAGCACAAAUGAAUCUGUUUAUGGAAUGCAACAGAUAUCCAGAGGAACAGUAUUUUCUGACAGCUUUUUGGAUGCUAUAAUGUGCACUACCUACCAUAAUCACCAUGUGUUGGCUUUACUGCAGUCACUGGUGACUGGGGGGACCAGUCCAGAACUGGAAGAAUAUCUGGCAGAGGAGGCUUCACUGAGUGGCAGUACUAGCAAUGUGGUGCAGUUUGGAUCGAGGAACAGGUGUAAACUGGCACUUUUAGCACUGACAGAUUCUCCAAGUGUAGCAGACGGACGACUGCUCUUCUUUGGGGAUAUCUACAAUCUAGCACUUGAGUUGCUUGGAAUCCUUUGCUUUGGCCUCUACCGUCAGAAAGAUGAGACCAGUCUGAUUGAAAACAGAUUUGUGAUUGCUCGGCCACCUACCAAUUUUGAGAUCUACGCCUCUGAUCAGUUCUUUUGCCUUGUCCCAUUCAACACUUUAGUAAAUGACCUGACAACUGUGGUAAAGUCCAUUCGAACAGUCAGACGAAAGGGUGCUUUGCUGACACCAGACCAAACGUUUUUAUCAUGA